AUGGCGGAUAUUGAUGAUGAACUUCUCGCUCUCGCUGGAGAUGAUUCUUCGGGAGAUGAGCAGGUCGCUUCAAAUGACGGAAGGCAUAGUUCUUCAUCACCCGAUCGCAAUGGAAAUAUAAAGAGUUCAGCUAAGAAGGGAGGAAAGAAGGGAGGUAGACGAAAUGAUGAUUCUGAAGAAGAAGGUGAAGCUUCUUCUGGUGACGAAUCCGUUCGUUCAGAACGAUCAGCCCCAAUGGAUGAAUCUGAUUCCGACUCUGAUGGCCCAGGUUUCCGCGAUGAUGCUGAUCGUUAUCCUCUCGAAGGUCGAUUCAUGAACGCUUCCGAUAAAGCAACUAUCAUGUCUAUGCCUGAAAUCGAACGUGAACAGGUCUUGGCUGAUCGUGCACAAGAAAUUGAGAGGGAUCGACAAAAUAGAGUACUUCGUCAACUUUUGAAUGGUCGUGAUGCCGCGGACAAGAAGGCAGAGAAAAAGCGCAAGGCGGGUACUGCAGAUUUGGACGACAAUCAGCGCAAGACAUCUCGCCAACGUACUAAACUGGGUGGUGGAAAAGUUGGAGAAGCUAGUACUGGAAUCGACAGUCUCAAGCGCGCAAGAGCUGAGAAGAAUGAUCGCCAACGUCGCCGUGAAGAAGACAAGGAGCGCCGUGGAGGUGAUAGUCGCAGAGAUAAUCGCGAUGAUUAUUCAGACGAUGGAUCUGAUGAAGAUAGUGAGGUUGAGUGGACAGCAUCAAAAUCGAAGAAGAGGUCUGCAUCUCCAGAUUACCGUGAUGCAGAGCCAGCAGUUUUAUACGAUCUUGAACGAGUCCGAGUUGGUAGAAGUAGAUUUGCCAUGGUCUGCUUCUAUCCUGGCUUCGAUGAUGCUAUCACUGGGUGCUUUGUUCGGGUGAAUAUUGGUGUUGAUAAGGAGACAAAUCAGAAUCUUUACCGCAUGGGUCUUGUUAAAGGCUUCAAAGAAGAUAGACCAUAUGCUAUGAUGUCUGCUAAUGGGAAGCAAUUCUCAACAACACAAUAUGUGAUCGCUGCACACGGCAAAUCUGAAAGAUCAUGGCCAUUCAUUGCUUGUUCAGAUUCUCGAUUUACAGAGGCAGAAUGGCAAAGAUAUAAGCAAAAUUGUAUCGCAGAUGGCAUACCUGUACCAACAAAGCCAAAGUUGAUGCAAAAGUGUGCAGAAAUCAAUGCUCUCGUUAACCGACCUUGGACUGAAGAGGAGUUGCAAACAAAGUUAAAGAAGUCGAGUGUUUUGACGGAAAAAUGGAACACAGCAGAACGUGCGCGUCUUAACAACGCUAUCAAGGAGCAGAAGAGCCUUGGAAAUACAGAACUUGAAGAAAAAUAUCGCUCAGAACUUGAGGCACUUGAAAGUGCCAAAUUAGCUUAUGGCACUACACUUAAGCCCACGCCAAAGAAGAAGACCGUUCACUCCCAACAAGAUCGACUUGCCGAACUCAACCGAACCAACCGUCGUAAGAAUAUUGAAGAAGUACGCCAAGCACAAAUUAACGAACGUCGUGCAGCUCGACUAGCUGAAGCAGCAAUUGCUCGUGGAGAAAUUGUUGAUGAAGAUCACUCACGUCGUGUCAAGACUAGAGCUACUUUUAAACAUGAUCAUACUGGUGGAAAAGACAGUGCGACAGCUACUCCAGUCAGUGGAACUUCGACCAACAAUACUCCCAAAUUGGCGGCUAAGAAGGAUGCAUUGCCGGUACCAAAUUUUAGUAGGCUGCAGACGACUUCGAAGGGUGGAGUUCCAGGUUUCAGGAGACCCCUUAUGGAUGAUGAUAUUAUUGCUAGUAUUGAUAUUGGGAUUAGUGAUGAUUUGGAGUUGUAG